AUGUCGGGGUUGCUGAGGCACGAUUGUGAAUGUGAUACUGGAUGUGUAAUGGGUAUUAGCUGUAUUUGUUGUCCGUGGUGUUGUAAAAAAUGUAAGAAUAACGGUAAUUGCAAGGGAUGUAAGCCACAUUACCUUAAGCGCACUACAUACGCAGACCCGAGUUACAAAUGCGAAACUUUCGAUUGUAAUACCAAAUGUAGAGGCAAAGAGUCUACAUGUCAAUGUGAGUGUUGUAAAAAGAAGUGUUCAAGUGAACAAGUUACUAACUGCAGUGCCGCACAGUCCCCCGGUCACUACACCUCCUCCCGUGCAGAUCCUCACACUGCCAGUCAACAGCAGCUCACCGAUGACUCGACGUCAUCCCCCGCCAUCCUUCCCAUCAUCAUCGCCGCCGUCCCCGUCGCUCUCAUCAUCGUCGUCAUCUGCGUCAUGGUCUACUUCCGCAUCCGGCCGUUCCACAGGGUGCGGUAUCUACUGCGCAGCUAG